AUGCUGCUGCUGAGUGAAGACGAUAUUGCCGAAACGUUAGCAGUAACUGCAUCGUCGGGAUUCCAUGCUUACACUUUUGGGUCAAAGCUUUCUGAUAGGUUGUCGCAGUUAGAAGUAGAACAAGAGCAAAAAACUCAUACUUAUUUUGGCAAGAUCAAGGAAUUUCUCAAAAUCCAGCUUUUGGGGUACCCCAACAGACUUGAAAGCUAUAUCUUAGAGAAUGAGCCCAACGAUUGUGCAUUGAUUGCCAAGUAUCGCCAAACUACAGAUAUUGAUUUAAGCAGGGAACCAACAUUGUCGGUUGACAAACUCACCUUGAAUACCUUGCAUAUUCCCCAUCCACUUGAAAGCUUCAUGAGAAACGAAACUCACCAACACGUUGAUCGGGAUGUAUUGGAGAAAGUGAACAAAGAACUACAAGAGAGUCCAAUUUUAUUUUUCAUUCAUGGGUUGGGAGGACAAAUGUCACAAUUCGAACCUUUGAUGGGUUUGCUCUCGCAAUGCGCAGAAAUUGUGUCCUUGGAUUUACCAGGUUUUGGUAAUUCAAAACCUGUCGAUAGACACCACAAGACUAUAUCCAAUAUCAGUGAAUUGGAGCUGAAACGCAUUUCCUCUUCUGUGGAGAGCAUGUCUUGGGAAGACUUUCUGGCCCACAAUAUUGUCAACAUCAUUCAUGCCUUUCUACGGCAACAAAUUCCUGAGAAAAAGGUCAUACUAGUUGGUCACUCCAUGGGUACCCAUAUUGCGGUGCGAGUAGCAAAAAAACUUUCAGAAUGCAAGGUCGAAGGUUUGAUUCUUCUUUCACCACCGGAUGUUAUUGACGAUUCAGUGCCUGGGCUGCAGGACUUGGAAAUUGGAGGACUAUCAUGGCUUUUCAAGCUCUUUGUUUAUCUUCCGUUUUUGUUCAAUUUGUUUCGAACUUGGGAUAGACUUCCUGGUUUGCAGAGUAAAAGUGUGCGUCGGCAAUUACCGAAAAAUAGUCUGUUAUACAAUAGACUUCGACAAUUUCGAUGGAAUUUGGAUAUCGAUUCGUCAACAUUGUUGAAGUAUGUUCGUGGAUUUAAAAAGAUAACAACAUCGGACUUUGUGGUGGCAAUCAACCGUUUCAAUAACAACAAGAGUGAUGACCGUGCUUACGAAAAGACGUUGUUGGUGUGUGGAUCUGAAGACCACGUUACUAGUGUCAAACACAUCCAUCACAUUGACAAGUUCUUGACCGAGACUUUCAACAAGAAGAUAUCAUCCGCAUUGGAAGUGAAAGAUGCUGGACAUUCAUUGUUGCUAGCCAAACCCGAACUAACCAGCGGUGUCAUAUUGAACCACAUUGAAGCAAAAUUGCCACAGCGAUUGAACUUGUCCCCUGCUUGGGUUUUGAAAGUCAAAGCACUUAUAUCAGGAGACAAAUGGGGUUUGAAAAAUGAAGAAAAAUGGUUGAAUUUGAAACCCAUAUCUGAUAAUAUAAGCAGAGGCAUAGAGAUUUCCCCAUUAUUGGGAAUGAAGACAUUGAGAGAGGGGGAUGCAGUUCAUUCACCAGCGGUAGUGGAGCAAUCUUAUUACGAACAAGGAGGUAUUGUCAGGGGUAAAUUAAUUGCUAUCAUUGACAUAUCAUCUGAUAUUCCUCCAUACAACCCACAAUCUUUCAAAAACAUUCGUUACUACAAAUGUGCAACAGUAUCCAAAGUUGUCCCAGAUCAAGCAUCCAUUCGUAGGUUCAUCAAUUUGGUGAAGGAGAUUUUGGACGAAACAGAUGAAGAGCAUCCACUUAUUGGGGUGCAUUGUCAUUAUGGGUUCAAUAGAACGGGGUUUUUGAUUUGCUGUUAUUUAAUUGAAGAAUUGGGAUGGUCAGUUAAGGACGCUGUAGAAGGUUUCAAGCUCGCAAAACCACCUGGAAUCAAACAUCCUCAUUUUAUAGAUGCACUAUACGUUAGAUACGAUACUUAG